CUUCUGUGGGUUUCCGUAAAACAGCGGCGAUACUUGCAGCAAGCAAAAUCUGUGUGGGUGAACUCUUUGCUUUCUUUCUCUCUCUACUCUCUGAAACUCGGCAGCAGCAGCGGCAGUGGCAGUGGCAGCGGAUAUAACUCUUUUGAAGGAGACUGAGAGAUAAAGAGAGAGAAGAGAGAGGGCCGCACGAGAGAGCGAAGAGAAAUAGGCCAAGAACAAAACCUAGCUCUCAAAAAUUGUGUUUUUGUUUGGAUUUUUGGUUUCUUUUGUGCUUCGAAGCGUUUAUCUGCACUAAUUUGCAACAAAAAUUGAAAGAUCCCAUCUCCCUUUCUUUUGAUUUUUGAUUUUGAUUAUUGAUUUUUGUUGUCUUUCAAUAUCUGUACUUGUAGUGUUCUGGAUUGAGUGUUUUGUUUUGAGUCUGAUUUUUGAUUACUUAAUUUAAUGGAGGGAGAUGGGGUUUCUGGUGCGGUUGCUCAGUCUUAUUGGUUGGAUGCCUAUGAAGAUAUUUCAUGUGACAUGAUUGGGGAUUUUGUGGAUUUUGAUAAGUCGAUUGUUCACGAAUCCAAUCAGGAUAGUCUUAAUAAUGAUUUUUUUGGCGGAAUCGACCACAUUCUGGAUAGCAUCAAGAAUGGAGGUGGUCUGCCUCCUCCAAUCAGUGAGACCAAUAAUGCCUACAACAUUACUACUAUCGGUGAUGAUGCGAAUUCCAAUGGAAUUAAAGAUUGCAAUGUUGGGGAUUCAUCUCAUGAGAUGGAGGGAGUAAAGGUUCAGAACUCGAAUUCACAGUCCGUUGGUGCAAACCUGUUGAUGGUAAAGUGUGAGAAUGAGGAUGAAGAUAUGGAAAAUGUUGGGAAUGACAAUGGAAGAAGGGAGCACAAGUGGUCUGAUAAUUCUCGGAAGAAUGGGAACAAGCCUAUUGACGAGUUGUUGAGAGAUCGAAAUAUUGAUAGGGAGGAGGACAUAUGCAAAAAAAGGGCUAGAAUUAGUAGUUAUAACAAUGGGUGGCGUUAUUCGUGUAGAGGGCAGCAAGAAUCCAAAGAUAGGGAGAGAUGUUUAAGCAGGAAGAGGGGGCGUGAUUGGGAUGAGAUUGAUAGGAGGGACAUGAAUUAUAUUAGGAGAAGAGAUCGACAUGGUGGUAGUGGUAGAAGGGACAAUAGAGAUAGGGAUUGGAGAGAUAGAGAAUCGAGGGGAUUUUGGGAGAGAGAACGGGAUUCUAAUGAGUUGGUUUUUCGUUUGGGGACUUGGGAGGCAGAACGGAAUAAGGAGAGUAAGGAGAACAAUGAGAAAAAUCAGGAAUGCAAUGGGAAGAUAGAGAAUGCACCUGAGGUGAUUAAGGAAAAAUUCCCAGAGGAACAUGCCCGCAAAUACCAGUUGGAAGUCCUUGAACAGGCCAAGAAAAAAAACACCAUAGCUUUUCUUGAAACAGGGGCGGGGAAGACACUUAUUGCUGUUCUUCUCAUCCGAAGUGUGUGCAGCGAUUUGCAGAAGCAACACAAGAAAAUGCUUGCUGUGUUUUUAGUUCCUAAGGUUCCUCUUGUUUAUCAGCAAGCUGAUGUUAUUCGCGAGCAAACUGGUUACCAAGUUGGCCAUUAUUGUGGUGAAAUGGGUCAAGAUUUCUGGGAUGCACGAAGGUGGCAACGUGAAUUUGAAACAAAACAGGUUUUGGUGAUGACAGCUCAGAUUCUUUUGAAUAUUUUGAGACACAGCAUUAUUAAAAUGGAAGCAAUCAAUCUCCUCAUUCUUGAUGAAUGUCAUCAUGCAGUGAAGAAACAUCCAUAUUCUCUAGUGAUGUCUGAGUUCUAUCAUACAACACCAAGGGAGAAGAGACCAUCUGUUUUUGGAAUGACAGCUUCUCCUGUUAACUUAAAGGGAGUUUCAAGCCAAGUAGAUUGUGCGAUAAAGAUUCGUAAUCUUGAAAGCAAACUAGAUUCUGUGGUUUGUACUGUGAAAGACCGCAGAGAACUUGAAAAACAUGUACCAAUGCCUUCUGAAAUUGUGGUGGAGUAUGACAAGGCAGCCAGCUUAUGGUCCCUUCAUGAACAAAUAAAGCAAAUGGAAGUGGCAGUUGAAGAAGCUGCUCAAUCAAGCUCUAGAAAAAGUAAAUGGCAAUUUAUGGGAGCAAGAGAUGCCGGAGCCAAGGAAGAGUUACGCCAAGUUUAUGGUGUAUCUGAAAGAACAGAAAGUGAUGGAGCUGCUAAUUUAAUCCAAAAAUUACGGGCUAUUAAUUAUGCACUUGGUGAACUGGGUCAAUGGUGUGCUUACAAGGUUGCACAAUCUUUUUUGACAGCUUUACAAUGUGAUGAGAGGGCAAACUACCAGCUCGAUGUCAAGUUUCAAGAAACCUACCUGAGUAAGGUUGUCUCUCUAUUGCAAUGCCAAUUAACAGAAGGAGCUGUUUCUGAGAAGGAUACAAAAGUUGCUGAUGUGGAGAAUGACACCACUCAAAAUGGGUUUGACCCCAAUGAGAUAGAGGAGGGAGAGCUCCCUGAUAGUCAUGUUGUUUCUGGUGGGGAGCAUAUAGACGUGAUAAUAGGAGCUGCUGUAGCUGAUGGGAAAGUGACUCCAAAAGUACAGUCUCUAAUUAAAAUACUUCUCAAGUAUCAGUAUGAGGAGGAUUUCCGUGCAAUCAUCUUCGUUGAGCGUGUUGUUGCUGCUCUAGUUCUUCCAAAGGUCUUUGCGGAGCUUCCAUCACUUAGAUUUGUUAGGUCCGCAAGCUUGAUUGGGCACAACAAUAGCCAGGAAAUGCGUGCAUGCCAAAUGCAAGACACAAUUGCCAAAUUUCGAGACGGUCGUGUAACUUUGUUAGUUGCCACUAGCGUUGCUGAGGAAGGGCUUGAUAUUCGGCAAUGCAAUGUUGUCAUUCGCUUUGAUCUUGCAAAGACUGUUCUGGCAUACAUUCAGUCUAGGGGUAGGGCAAGAAAACCUGGGUCAGACUAUCUUUUGAUGAUUGAGAGGGGAAAUUUGUCACAUGAAGCAUUCUUGAGAAAUGCGAGGAACAGCGAGGAGACCUUGCGAAAAGAGGCAAUUGAUAGGACUGACCUGAGUCACCUCAAGGAUACUUCAAGGUUGAUUUCAGUGGAUAUGGUAGCAGGACCAGUGUACCAGGUGGAGUCGACGGGGGCUGUAGUGAGCUUAAAUUCUGCUGUUGGACUCAUCCAUUUCUACUGCUCUCAGCUACCCAGUGACAGGUAUUCCAUACUUCGUCCUGAAUUUAUUAUGGAGAAGCAUGAGAAGCCAGGUGGCCCCACGGAAUAUUCAUGCAAGCUUCAACUUCCUUCCAAUGUACCUUUUGAAAAGCUUGACGGUCCUGUAUGCAGUUCAUUGCAUCUUGCACAACAGGCUGUUUGCUUGGCUGCUUGCAAGAAGCUCCAUGAGAUGGGAGCAUUUACUGACAUGCUCUUGCCAGACAAAGGUAGUGGGGAAGAAAGAGAAAAAGCUGAUGAAAACGAUGAAGGCGACCCACUUCCUGGGACUGCUCGGCAUAGAGAGUUCUAUCCUGAAGGUGUCGCUAGUAUACUCCAGGGAGAAUGGAUCUUAUGCGGAAGAACUGAUCGCGACCAUUCCAAAUCGUUUCAUCUGUACAUGUAUGCUGUUGAAUGUGUAAAUCAAGGUUCUUCAAAAGACCCUUUCUUGAAUCAAGUUUCAGAGUUAGCAGUACUUUUUGGCAAUGAGCUGGAUGCAGAGGUCUUAUCGAUGUCGAUGGAUUUAUUUAUCGCUCGAACCAUGAUCACAAAGGCAUCGCUUGUCUUCAGGGGUCCAAUAGAUAUUACUGAAAGUCAGCUGGCAUCCCUUAAAACAUUCCAUGUACGUUUAAUGAGCAUUGUGUUGGAUGUGGAUGUUGAACCUUCCACUACUCCUUGGGAUCCUGCAAAGGCAUAUUUGUUUGUCCCUGUUGUUGGCGAUAAAUCUGUAGGUCCCAUGAAAGAAAUUGAUUGGGAUCUGGUUGAAAAAAUUAUUGGAACAGACGCAUGGAGCAAUCCCCUUCAAAAAGCUCGACCAGAUGUUUACCUUGGCACAAAUGAGCGGACACUGGGUGGAGAUAGAAGGGAGUAUGGAUUUGGGAAAUUGCGUCAUGGAAUGGCUUUUGGACAGAAAGCCCAUCCCACUUACGGAAUCAGAGGAGCAGUUGCACAUUUUGAUGUUGUGAAAGCUUCUGGAUUAGUGCCUAAUCGGGAUGAUUUUGAAUUGAAAAGACUUGAGAUUCCCAAAGGCAAAUUGAUGAUGGCUGAUACUGCAUACAAUGCGGAAGAUUUAAUAGGGAGAAUUGUAACAGCUGCUCACUCGGGGAAGAGAUUUUAUGUGGAUUCCAUAAGAUAUGAUAUGACUGCAGAGAACUCAUUUCCCAGGAAAGAGGGCUAUCUUGGCCCUCUAGAGUACAGCUCAUACGCUGAUUACUACAGGCAAAAGUAUGGUGUUGAGUUGAUCUUUGAGCAGCAACCUUUAAUAAGAGGACGCGGAGUUUCAUAUUGCAAGAAUCUCCUAUCUCCACGUUUCGAACACUCAGAAGUAGAUGGUGAAUCUGAAGAGACUCUUGAUAAAACAUACUAUGUCUUUCUUCCCCCUGAGCUGUGUUUUGUACAUCCACUUCCUGGAUCACUUGUUCGAGGAGCCCAGAGAUUGCCCUCAAUAAUGAGGAGAGUUGAAAGCAUGCUACUUGCUGUUCAACUCAAGGACAUUAUUAAUUAUCCUGUCCCUGUUUCAAAGAUCUUGGAAGCUUUGACAGCCGCUUCAUGCCAGGAGACAUUCUGCUAUGAAAGGGCAGAGCUUUUGGGAGAUGCAUACCUGAAAUGGGUUGUCAGCCGUUUUCUUUUUCUCAAAUAUCCCCAGAAACACGAGGGUCAACUCACCAGGAUGAGGCAACAAAUGGUGAGUAACAUGAUCUUGUACCAGUAUGCCUUGAAUAAAGGACUGCAAUCAUAUAUUCUGGCAGAUCGCUUUGCUCCAUCUCGAUGGGCUGCCCCUGGCGUUCUGCCCGUAUAUGAUGAGGAUACCAAAGAAAAGGACUCCUUAUUUGAUCAGGAGAGAUCCCAUGCAGAGGAAAAUACAGGGGUUAAUCACCAUGAUGAUGGGUACGAAGAUGACGAAAUGGAAGAUGGCGAGGUUGAGAGUGACUCAGGUUCUUAUCGAGUCCUCUCCAGCAAGACAUUGGCAGAUGUUGUUGAAGCAUUGAUUGGAGUUUAUUAUGUUGAAGGUGGGAGGACUGCUGCUAACCACCUAAUGAAUUGGAUUGGGAUUCAGAUAGAGUUUGAUCCAGAACAGAUAGAGAGUACCCCAAAGCCAGCCAAUGUUCCAGAAGGCAUACUAAGGACUAUUGAUUUCGAUGCCCUGGAAGGUGCCUUAAACAUUAAGUUUAAAGACCGAGCCUUCUUGGUAGAGGCCAUUACUCAUGCCUCGCGGCCAUCUUCUGGAGUUUCCUGCUACCAGAGAUUGGAGUUUGUUGGUGAUGCUGUCUUGGAUCAUCUCAUUACAAGACACUUGUUUUUCACAUAUACAAAUCUGCCCCCAGGUCGAUUGACUGACUUGCGAGCUGCUGCUGUCAAUAAUGAGAACUUUGCUCGUGUUGCUGUCAAACAUAAGCUUCAUGUGCAUCUUCGACAUGGAUCAAGUGCCUUAGAAAAGCAGAUCCGGGACUUUGUAAAGGAAGUUCAAAAUGAAUUAUCAAAGCCGGGCUUCAACUCCUUUGGUUUGGGAGAUUGCAAAGCUCCUAAAGUUCUCGGAGACAUUUUUGAAUCUAUUGCUGGUGCUAUUUUUCUCGAUAGUGGACGAGAUACUGGAGCUGUCUGGAGGGUUUUUGAACCCCUUUUACAGCCAAUGGUUACUCCAGAAACACUUCCGAUGCACCCCGUAAGGGAGUUGCAAGAACGGUGCCAGCAACAGGCCGAGGGCUUGGAAUAUAAAGCAACUCGCAGUGGCAAUCUUGCGACUGUCGAAGUCUUUAUUGAUGGUGUCCAGGUCGGAAUUGCUCAGAAUCCACAAAAGAAGAUGGCACAGAAACUAGCUGCCAGGAAUGCAUUAGCUGCUUUAAAAGAGAAGGAAACAGCUGAAGCUAAGGAGAAGGGCGAUGAGGAUGGGAAAAAGAAGAAGAACAGCAACCAAACCUUUACCAGACAAACCUUGAAUGAUAUAUGCUUGCGGAGAAAUUGGCCUAUGCCUUUAUAUAGGUGCAUAAAUGAGGGCGGCCCUGCACAUGCAAAGAGGUUUACUUUUGCUGUUCGUGUUAAUACGAACGAUCGGGGAUGGACUGAUGAAUGUGUGGGAGAGCCAAUGCCGAGCGUCAAAAAAGCAAAGGAUUCCGCCGCUGUUCUUUUGUUGGAACUAUUGAAUCAGUUGUACUCCUGAUAUCUUAGUGAUUGCACCCCAAUCUAUUUAUAAUUUUAUAGAUAAGAUUUAUUAUUACUAAUUGCCUCUGAGAGAACUAGUUCAAGUUUCAGCAUAUUUAACCAUUAGAGAAUCAGAGUACUCUCAACAUCUAUUGCAGACUGGAUGUUUCUUUUCUGCAAAUGUAUGGUGCAGAUGUAGGCUGCUGAGUGUGAUGCCAUUGUAGAAAGAUAAAUUUCUAAUGAAUACCUGUUGUCCUGUGGUUUCAGCU